AUGAAUAGUAUAUUGACUUUUUUACAUAUCAUUACAUUUAUUAGUUCACAUAUAGUUUAUGGUGAAAAAACAACGGUUAUAUCAGUGCCUAAUAAUAAUAAUUGGCUAUUAGUAACAACAAAUGAUAAUAACGUGAAACAUGAUCGAAAACUCACGUUGAUCAACUUAAUCUUUGUCAUAAAAAAUGAUGAACAACAAGAAAAAUUAUUAAAACAAAAAUUUGAUAACGUCAGUGAUCCAUCAUGCGACGAUUAUGCAAAUUACUUGAAUUACAAUGAAAUACAUGAGCAAUAUUUACCAGCAACAACUGCAUACGGUCGACAUGUUGAACAAUGGUUACGUUCAGGAAAACUUCAAGUUAAAUCAACACGUAAUAAAGAAUUUUUAAUUGUUAAAUCAACUGUUGAUGUUAUUGAACGUAUAUUUCAAACUAAAUUAUACGAUUAUGAGCAUAAAAUAACAGGUCAACGAACGCUGAGACCCGUACAGUAUCAAUUACCCACAUAUAUUCAUCAUCGUGUAUCACAUAUUGUUGGUUUUGAUAAAUAUCCUUAUGUUAAGUAUAAAAGUCAUAAUUCUCAAAUCACUGAGAAAAAAUCGAAUUCCAGUGCACCUAUUCUAUAUCGUAUUGGUAGUGGUUUUUCACUGUUUACAUUUAUUAUGCAAUUAGUUUGUUAUGAUGAUCAAUAUGCAACCAAUUCUCUAUGUAAUAAUCGAUUCAAUGGUUUCAAUAUAAUUCUUCAAUCUUCAACAACCAAACAAUUAAUUCAAUAUAAUGUAUCAGUUAUCGAUAGCAAUUGUAUGAUAUGUAAAAAUGCUACACCUGUAAUAGCUCUUUAUUGUGGAGGAUUUGGUUUAGCAGAUAAUGAUGUUUUAUGUCGAUUUAAUUUAAAAGAACCUAAAACAAUACCCAAUUAUAAAGCGUAUACAAUUCGUGUUCGAACAAUAUUUAAAUCGCCGAACAGUUAUUCACAAACAGCUCAAUAUCCAUCAGCUGUGGAAAAAGUAACAAUGAUUACACCAGAUGUAUUGGUAUCAUUAUAUAAUGUUGAUAAUAAUGUUAACAAUACUGAUAAACGUAGUAGACAAGCUAUUGUUGGAUUUCAAGAAUAUUAUGAUAAAAAGGCAUUCAAAUCAUUUUCAAAUACAUAUGGAAAAAAUGUAAGUCUCGUACUUGGAAAUGUUUAUGGUGAUCAUUAUAAAGAUAAGACUGCUGAUGAAACAGAAACAUCAUUGGAUUUGCAAUAUAUGGCAUCAAUGGGUUCUCAUAUACCAACCGAUUAUAUAUCAUCAACAUCAAUAUUUAAUGCUGCUGAUGAAGAUUUUAUUGGAUUUUUUGUACAAUUAGCAUUUAUCGAACAGAGCAAACAGCCAUUAGUCUAUUCCAUUAGUUAUGGUGAACCGGACACGGAUCUUGGUCUCGUUUAUACUACUCUACUGAAUAUACACUUUAUGAAAAUGGCUAUAACAGGUAAAACUGUGUUUGUUUCUUCAGGCGAUACUGGAACAUCAUCCACAGCCGAUAGGCUUUAUGCAAAUAAGACGUAUAUGCUGUAG